AUGGGGUGUGGCGCAAGCACGGCAACAAAGGUGGCAGAGGCCAAGGACCAUGACCCGGCCUCCACGCGGCCCGUUACGCCCGCGGCCAUCGCCCACCCGGUGGUGAUUGACGUGCCACACGGGCAGGGCGCGCGGGAGAAGGAAGCAGACGCCCAGAGCACAGACACGGUCGUGCUGGCGACGACAACCACCUUGCCGCUUGGCGCAGUCUUGCCAUCUGCGGUGAGCGGCAGCAACAGCAGCGACUAUGGUUCCAGACAGAACAAGGAGGGGCACGCCCCCGAUAGUGCUGGCAAGCGGAGUGGUGACGGGAAUGGUGGUGGCGGCGGGAGCAAGAAGGGCAAGCGGGCUUCUGCGAGAGCCUCAGCUGUUGUGCACGCAUCGCUGCGGCCGCGCACGGCCAUGGCAACCAACGUGCUGAAGGUGCUGCUGGUCGGACCUGCAGGGGCCGGCAAGACCGUGCUGGCCUCUCGCUUGGAGGGCCGCAACUUCACCGACGCGUACACACAGGCAGACGCCGUGCAGUUCUUCCUGGCCACCCUCCCAUAUCCGGCUGCCAAGAAGGCCACCAGCAGCAGCAGCCACAACAUCGCCGGCACUGGCUCUGCUGUCAUUGUUGACCAGGAACAACAGCACACACGGCUCCAGCCCUCUGACGACGCUGCGAAACCACAACAGGAGGAGGUCAGCCUGCAGCUGUGGGAUGUGCCUGCCGCUCUGGUUCAACCCACUCUCCCGUCAACCACAACUGCAACUGUAGCUACGACCACAGCAACAGCGACAGCAACAGCGACAGCGGCCAAUGUCGCAGGUGGUGAUGGAGGCGCACACGGGCAAGACAGGGAUGCCUCGCCGCCAGGGAGGCUGCCGCCGUUUGCGUCCGAGUGGUUUGACGUUGCGCUCAUCGCCGUGGAGGCGUCAUCACCGACUAUGGCCGCGGAUGCCAGAGCAUAUGUUGAGGCGGUGAAGGCACAUGCCAGUCAACCCGAGCCAACCUUCUACCUCGUGCUCACCAAGCAGGAUGUGGCAGACGGCAGCGAUGACGGGGACGGCGUGGAUGCAGGCGAGGUGCAGGCAGCACCCACAGACAGCCAAGUCACAGAACAGCCACAGCAGCAGCAACAACAGCCGCAGCAGGACGCAGAUGAAGGCAUAGCAGCGACGAAUGAUGGGUCGUGGCAGGCGAAGCUGAGCAGGGACAAGCAGAGCAGUGGCGAAGGUGACAGCGAAGCCGUGCUCGCGGCGGGGCUGGUAUCACGCGUGUUGCGGGUGUCUGCCAAGUACACGCACAGGCUAGACAUGUUUGAGAAGGAGCUCGCGCGCGCCCUCUCACAUGACGGUCUCCUCUGA